AUGACUAUCCAGGCCCAACCACUCUUCAGCUCGCUUGCUGGUGUCCAGGUAUUGGCUCCAGUCUCCAAGACUCCAGAAUAUGAGCCCUCUACCACUACCCAGGCAGACAUUUUGACCAAAUCAGCCUUGUCUUUUGUAGUUCUUCUUCACCGUUCUUUCAAUUCCACUAGGAAACAGCUCUUGGAAAACAGACAACUUGUUCAGGAACAACUUGACCAGGGCAUUCCACUUCUGUUUCUCCAGGACGAAACCAUGACAAAGGUCAGAAAUGACCCAACCUGGCAGGGAGCCUUUCCUGCUCCAGGUUUGACCGAUAGAAGAACAGAAAUCACCGGUCCUCCGGAGCGUAAGAUGAUAGUCAAUGCUCUCAACACACCUGUCAAGACCUACAUGAGUGACUUCGAAGACUCAUCUGCUCCUACUUGGGCCAAUGUCAUCACUGGCCAAGUCAACUUGUACGAUGCUGUCAGACACCAGAUUGACUUCGUUAGUAAGGACAAUGGUAAAGCAUAUAGAGUCAACCAGUCCCAACAGUUUCUGACUCCCACACUUCUUGUACGUCCCAGAGGCUGGCACAUGGUUGAUAAGCACAUCUUAGUAGAUGGAGAGCCUGUGAGUGCCUCGAUUUUGGAUUUUGGCUUAUACUUCUUCCAUAAUGCUCACGAGCUCAUCAACCAGGGUAGGGGUCCAUACUUCUACUUGCCGAAGAUGGAGCACCAUUUGGAAGCUAAGCUCUGGAACGACGUCUUCAACGUAGCCCAGGACUCAUUGGCCGUUUCUAGGGGUACCAUCAGAGCUACCGUUCUCAUUGAAACAUUACCUGCUGCCUAUCAGAUGGAAGAAAUCAUUUUCCAAUUGAGAAACCAUUCGGCAGGAUUGAACUGUGGAAGAUGGGACUACAUAUUUUCAACUAUCAAGAGAUUACGUAACGACCCCUCUAAAAUCUUACCCGACAGAGACCAGGUUACAAUGACGGUUCCUUUUAUGAAAGCCUACUGUGAGCGUUUGAUAAACAUCUGCCACCGUAGACAAGUCCAUGCUAUGGGAGGCAUGGCAGCUCAGAUCCCUAUAAAGAAUGAUCCUGAAGCCAACAAAGUUGCUAUUUCCAAAGUCAAAAAUGAUAAGCUCAGAGAAGCUACAAUGAAUUACGACGGAACUUGGGUGGCUCAUCCUGCUUUGGCACCAAUUGCCAACGACGUCUUCAACGAGCAUAUGCCCACUCCUAACCAGAUCCACAUUGUUCCCGAUGAAGAUGUCUCGGAAGCCGAUUUGUCCAACACAGCCAUUGCUGGAGGCAAGAUCACAACCGAGGGUAUUCGUAAGAAUCUCUUCAUUGCCCUAAGCUACAUUGAAUCGUGGCUCAGAGGUGUGGGAUGUGUUCCUAUUAACAACUUAAUGGAAGACGCUGCUACAGCUGAAGUGUCUCGUUUGCAAUUAUAUUCGUGGGUGUUGCACCUGGUAAAGAUGGAAGACUCUAACAAGACUGUGACCCCCGACUUAAUGAGCCUGAUAUUAGAGGAAGAAGUCGAAAAACUCACUGAACAAUUUGGCUCUAAGGGCCGCAAGUUUAAAGAGGCAGCCAGAUACCUUGAGCCAGAAAUCACUGGCAAGUCUGUGUCGGAGUUCUUAACAACCUUGAUCUAUGACUCUGUAGUUACUGUUGGCAAGCCAAUCGACUUGGAAGCCUUGAAGGACUAG